AUGCCCAUAUCCACUCGGCUGAGAAACGUCUUCUCCAAACUAAGGAGAAAUAAAAGCAAGCAAAAGAGCAGGACUCUAUCUUCACCUGCCAACAACUCACCCCAGCAAAACCCAAAAGCUGCACAGAGACAGAAAACGCUAGCCCAAGCUUCUCGCCAAGGCGAUAUCAUCGCCGUGACAGAAAUUCUCCAAAAAUGCGGAGCAACUCCAGAGGGAGAAGAGUCCUUGCGCGCAGCAGCCUCGAAUGGUCAUGCAGAUAUCGUUCUCCUGCUCCUGCAGCAUGGGAUAGACCCGAACAGGCUCGACAGCAUCGGCCAAGCUGCUCUGCACGAAGCUGUUAUCCAUGGCCAUGGCAAGGUUGUUCGUCUACUCGUUGAGAACGGUGCAGACCCGUUCAUAGGCACUGUGCCUAUUCUGUGGCUUGCGGAGCUAUAUUGGAAUAAGAGGCCGUUAGAAUUACUGCGAGAAUUGCUCCGCAAACAUCACCCGGAAAGAUUUGAGGAAGAACAUCCUACACCAGCGAGGCCAGCAGUGAAGCCAGAAGUAAAGAAGGCUCCAGUUAAAGCAUUCAAGAACUCUAUCAGAGACUCUCCCGCAUCUUUAAGCAAAGAUCUUUGGCCAGAUCGGGUUUUUACCUCCAGAGGGGAAAGGAUAAGUGUCGCGCCUUCUGAUCCAGCUUACUGGAAUUGA